AUGGAGUUUCAUCUGGACCGUCAGUUCGCUGAGCUGCAGAUCGAUGUGGUCUGGGGCGAACAAGGCGACGACAUUGCCACCGAUUAUGUUGGCCUCGACCCCAUCUCGACCCCACUGAAUUGUUUGGUGUUGGCAGGGACGUUCAAGCUCAGGACUCAAGAGGCGCGCGCUAUUGAAACCGAUGUUGAUAACUCGUUUACAAAUAAUGACAAUCAUUCUCCAGGCAGCGUGGCGGGCGCAGUGAAGUGA